GCAGACGGUUUAAGUGACCAAUUGGUUCAAUUUUUUGAAACCUGAAAUGAGGUUGUUUAUUGUGAUAUUUGCAUUGCUAGCUAGCACAGUUUCUGCCCAUUACGAUUGGGAAAAUGUUCAACCGCGACAUGUUGACUCUCUUUUGAAGAAACUACCGCGAGGAAAAGCCAUUGAUGGACGCAUUACAAAUGGCGAAGCAGCAGCUGCAAAACAAUUUCCCUACCAAGUUGGAUUAAUGCUUUACUUGGACAAUGGAAGAGCUUGGUGCGGAGGAACUUUAAUAUCAAACCGUUGGGUCUUGACUGCAGCUCACUGUACUGAUGGAGUUAAUGGUGUUGAUGUUUAUUUGGGAGCGACUAAUCGAACAGAUAGAAGUGAGGCCGGACAACAAAUUAUUUACGUUGGUAAAAAAUACGUCUUUGUGCAUGAAAAAUGGGACUCAAGUCAAUUGGUGAAUGACAUUUCCGUUCUUAAACUUCCAAUUCCAAUUGAUUUCAAUGAUUAUAUUCAACCAGCUGCUUUGCCAAAAUUAGGAGAAUCGUCACUCUACACGGGUGAAAAAACCAUCGCUUCUGGAUGGGGUCGAGAUAGCGAUUCUGCUAAAGGUGCAUCUGAAAUCUUACGUUGGGUAGAAGUUCCAAUUAUGGCCAACAAUGUAUGCAACCGUUACUACCAGGGCUCCGUAAAGGAUACAAAUAUUUGUAUAAGUACAAAAGGAAAGAAAUCAACUUGCAAUGGAGAUUCUGGUGGUCCUUUAGUUUUGAAUGAUGGAAGUAAUACUGUUAUUGGUGCAACUUCGUUUGGAAUUAUUUUCGGUUGUGAAGUCGAAUUUCCAGGGGUAUUUACAAGAAUAACUUCGUACUUGGAUUGGAUUAAAGAAAAAACUGGAAUUUCAAAUGAAUGAAUUUAAGACGGUAUUUAAACAAUACAAUUAAAAGUAAUGUACAAAUGA